CUGGAGCUUAUUCUUAUACCUUCUUGGAUUGUGUGGGCAUCAUGUGUGAGCACAGUGGGUCUCGGGAAUGCCUGGAAUGACAGUCACCUUUCUUCUAAUUACUUUCCUACCAUCACCAUUCUGUCAGCUGCUCUUCAGUGUCCUAACAAACAGUCACUGCUCUCUGCUCUGGUGCUCUGUCACCAUGAGCAUUCAGAGUGUCUUGCUCACACUGCCACUUUGUUUUAGCUUGUUUUCUCCGUCUCUCGCUCCUCAUCCAAGCUCCGCAGAGAAGUCAGGCUGCUUCAAAGUCAACAACUGUAAAUGCAUCAUGAAAGAUGGGAGUGGGGUGAUAAACCUGAACUCUAUGGGGGACGCAGAUGGUUUCCUGGGGUAUCUGAAGCCGGUGUCGGCAGAGAACAUCCCCGUCAACACUGAGAUCCUCCUGUCGUUCAGCCCCUGCCAGCCCUUCUCCCAGCCAGAGGACCUGAGAGGGGCAGACUGUACCAACAUCGCUGCAUGUCUCAUCGUCAGGUAUCAAAGGCUCGACACAUACAGUAGUCGCUGUAUUGGCUAUGGAAGACAUGAAGGGAAUGAAUUCCACUACAAUGACACCCUGAAGAUGCUUUCUGUCUCAUACUUUGCUGUUGAGAAGCAGCCACUGACAGUGGUGCAUUACCACUGUAAUCCAAAUGAGUCCACCUCCUUCAUCCGGGACCAGAGGCUCAGCAGUGAGGAGCCCCUGCAUAUCUGGGUUGAGAGCCCCUGUGCUUGUCCAAAUGCCUGUACCAUGGGGGAUCUGGGUUCAGGCACCAUCUUCCUCAUCAUCCUCUCCCUCAGUGCUGCUGCAUACUUUAUCAUUGGCUCCUGUGCACUGAGGCCUUUUCGGAGCAGCAGUGGAGUCCAGAUCUCUCCGGAGCACAGUGUGUGGUGUAUGAUCUGCUACCUCUGUACUGAGAGAAGCUCUGAAGCAAGACACUACACAGACACAACACGCUAUGAACGAUAAGCGCGUGCACACCUCUGGAAUACUGCAGAAUGUCUACACAGAUCAAGUUUCUUUGAGCUGAAGCGGUCAUGUCCCAUGAAGGGAAAAGAGUCAGCAUGUUUGAUUUUACAGUUUGCAGAAAGUGACAGGCUCACACUCUGUCAUUGUGUGCCCAUGUAUUUUCCAGAU